AUGGUCCAAGUGCUGACCAAUCGCUCUGCCACCAUCUAUUGCGCUGGUGCGGACGAAUCGCGUGACCGCCAGGCAAAGCAGGCGCCAGACGAGCACACACAACGCAUCAAGGAACUGAUGCUGAAGCAGAGUGGUCGACGCCCUCCGCGGCGAGGAUGGUCCCUAACGGACCAGCAAACGGCGCCCAGUUUUGUUACCGAUGAAGACAUCCAGACAGCGUCUGGUCCGGUCCAUCUUCAACACUCCAUUCCAGAAAACGGUGUUCUUGCGCCGCCGUCAUCGUCGUCCACCACAACCCAGGCUCAGCCAUCGAUACCAGACCGCACAGCGACACUGCCCCUCCGUCCCCCGAAGCCGCCUCCUCGCAGGUCGCAGUCUGUAACAGACAAGGAGCCCGAAUGCAGCCCGAACCAGCCCCGACCAUCGACACGCAUCAGUAUUGUCGAUCUGCCCCCAGAGUUGCACUAUGCUAUCCUUGACUUUUUAGACCCUAUCGAUGCUGUCUGCCUCGCCCUAACUAGCCCAAAGAUUUACGACGUCAAUCGCCGCAAGAAUCCCAAGGUCCCUUUGAGUAGCCGCUACUCAGGGCCGAACAAUCUGGAAUGGGCCUGGAGAGGAGGUCAGCACGUUACUAGCAAGCAGCCCGCAGCAGAGGGCCAUCGAAUCCGCGUCAACGGCCAAGUGUACUGUCGUAAAUGCGGUGUUGAUCGAUGCGAACUUCACCGUCAUCUGAAAAGUUGGAUGGGUGACGGCUACGAAUAUUGCGAGAUCAAGGAGCGAUAUGGCAAACCAGCUGCUAGCGACGCAAAGCCGUAUUGCUAUAUGGCCUCUCCCAAGGACCGUCACCGCUGCGGAAGACAUUCGGGCAAAAAGGUUGUACCAUCGACAACGGCCUUAGUUUGA